AAACCGGAACCAUCGUCGAACGACAGUGCAGAGGUUUACGUCUCCAAUAUACUGAACUUCGUAUAACCGGGCUUGAAAGGAGGCCGCCUGGUGCUUGGAUCCACUUAAACUGAUCGGAGAGUCGGUCGAGAAAGCAAAGCACAACCCCAUCAGCAAAUGGAACGCUCAACCGGCUCUGCGUCUAAUGAGGUUUUCAAAAACCAAGAAAGACGGUAUCAAUUUUGCGGAUACGAACUGAAGAUUACGCAAGAUUUGAAACACCUUUCCAUACCAGCCGUUAUCUGGGAAGCUGGGAUCGUUCUCUGCCGGUAUUUUGAGAAGAAGCGCAUGAACUUCACUGGGAAGAAGAUGAUUGAAUUGGGGUCUGGCACUGGGCUCGUGGGGAUACUUGCCAUCCUCUUGGGUGGGGAGGUAACAUUGACAGAUCGGCCGAACGUCCUAAAUCAGAUUGUAUACAACAUCACUAGCAACAUCCCAGCUGAGAUCAUGGCGAGAACAAAGGUUUCUGCUCUGCUGUGGAGUAAACCAUACGACCAGAAUGCCUCAAAGUACGACUACAUCCUUGGCUCGGAUAUAGUCUACGAUCCACGCGAAUUCCAGUCACUUAUAAAAACGCUGCUCUAUUUGAGCAACCCGAACACCGUCAUCUACUUCAGUUCGAAGAUUGUUGAGAUUCCCGGGGCCUCUGAGUUUUAUGAAAAACUUCUGCCAAAGCACUUCAACUCUGAAAUUGUUCAUACACUUCCGCAUAAAAGAAUUAACGUUUACAAAAUCACCAGAAAAAUUAGCAGCGAUUAGUAAAAUAAUCCCGCGAAAAUUUGUGGAAACGCUCAAUUCAAAAAGACUUUGAGGAAAUACGUAUUGAAACCGCUAGUUUAUAGCGUGAAUCGUGUACGAAAAGAAACACAGCUUUAGCAUUUCCAAACCAAAGGCAACACAGCUUUAGCAUUUCCAAACUAUAUUCAAACCACAUUAAGGGUACUGACAGAUCAGUACAAUCACUCACAGUUUAGUUGACAUGUGUUCAGUGUUUUUCACAGCUCAGACUGAGAGACAUGACCCUCUAGCUCCGCCAUCUAGCAGAGGCUGACUGAGGCACUCUUCACUUCCGGGUUUUAUAGUCCCUCCGGAAUAGGCGUGGCCUUCAGGAAAGAGAAUCUCAACAUAUUUUAAAUCCUAAAAAUCUUU